AAGCAACCACAAUUUGUUCAUAUAUAGAAAUUAAACACUAGGAGAAUGAUGAGUCUUGCAAGUAUGGGGAGCAACGGCCGGCCGUCGACGGACGACGGCGAGGAAUGCGAGGCGACGAAGACGGCGAUCUCGUCGUAUCUAGAGAGAGAAGAAGAGAUCGAGAGGAAGAAAAUGGAAGUGAGAGAGAGGGUGGAGUCUCAACUCAGCCGCGCCGAGGAGGAAACCAGACGAUUAGCGCAAGUUUGGGAAGAAUUGGAAGUGCUGACUGAUCCAAUGAGAAAGGAAGUUGGAGCUGUGCGUAAGAAAAUUGACUUGGCCAAUCGCGACCUUAAAUCUCUCGCCCAAAUCUGCCACAAGAAAGAGAAAGAAUACAAAGAAGCAAUGGAGACUUUCCAAGAAAAAAACAAUGAAAAAGCUCAAUUGACCAAUACCCUUGUGGAGUUGGUGAGUGAAAGUGAGAAAUUCAGAUUGAGGAAGUUGGAAGAACUCAGCAAGAUUGUUAACUCAAACACUUGAAAUCAGACUUUUGAAUGUAAAUGAUCAAUGCAAAGUUUGUGACGCCUUUUCCUUUUUUAAAUGUAAAUCAAAGUUUGACUAUUUUUCUUUUUUCUUUACUUCUUUUAUUAACUUCAAUUUCUUUUUUUUUUCCUUUUUUUUUGGUCUUUUCAAAGUGUUGUGUAAUGCAAGUGAUUUGUACUGCUAGGAAUUUGCCGUUCUGAUUUUUUGUACUUCAAUCUAGUUAAUAGAAUAAUAAAAUCGUGAAUUUAUGAUAA